AGAUAACAGAUUAUUUUCCUAAUGCUGAGAUGGCCCAGCUUCUUCCUUCAGCAGUCCUCUUUUUAGCUUUUGCCGGAACAAUUAUUUCCUCUGACAUGAUGCAAGAGCUUACACAACUGAGGAGAGAGAACAAACGGCCACUUGUGAAGACAUGAACUUGAUUGACAUUCUUUGGAGGCAAGAUAUAGACCUUGGGGCAAGACGUGAAGUUUUUGAUUUUAGUCAAAGACAGAAGGAGUAUGAACUCGAAAAGCAGAAGAAACUUGAAAAGGAGAGACAAGAACAGCUCCAAAAAGAGCAAGAAAAAGCUUUACUGGCUCAGCUGCAGCUGGAUGAAGAAACAGGUGAAUUUAUUCCCAUUCAGCCUGCCCAGCACAUUGAGUCAGACAACACAGGCAUGCCAACCAAUUUUUCAAAGACUACACAUAUUUCAAAACCUGAAGCAGAUGCCUUGUCCUUUGAUGACUGCAUGCAGCUUUUGGCAGAAACAUUCUCAUUUGUGGAUGAUAAUGAGGUUUCUUCGGCUGCAUUUCAAGUGCUAGUACCCGCUCAUAUAGAUAGCGACCCAAUCUUCAUUACUUCUAAUCAGACUCAGCCACCUGAAUCAUCAGUCCUUCAAUCUCCUGUCACUGAUGUAGAUAAUAUGGAAAACAUAGAGCAAGUUUGGGAAGAAUUACUGUCCAUUCCAGAACUACAGUGUCUUAACAUUGAAAAUGAUAACCUGGCUGAAGUAACCACUAUUGCAAACCCAGAAACCAAGCCAUCAGAGAUUCACAGUAACUUCUACAACUCGUUACCCAUUACUGUUAAUUGCAAUUCAGAUUUCCUCAACACUUUUGAGGAUUCCUUUUCUAACAUCCUACCACCAGAAGACCUCAGCCAGCUGAGAGUGGCCUCUUUAGAUACCACUUCAUGUUUAAGCUCCAACUUUUCGGAAGACUUCUUCUCCACCUUUGUUGAUCCAAAGGUGAAUGGUGACACAGCAGCACCAAACAUUGUCAACAAGUCAUUUGCUGAAGUUCCAUAUGAACCUAUUGAUAUUUCUGAUUUCUCACUGUGUAAAGCUUUUAAUGGUGACCAUCAGGGAAAUGCACUAGAAUGUAAUGAUUCUGACUCUGGUAUCUCAUUGAAUGCACAUUCCAGUACUGCAUCACCUGAACAUUCUGUUGAAUCAUCUGUCUUUGGAGAUGCAGCUUUUGGAUACAGUGAUUCUGAAAUGGAAGAAAUGGAGAGUGCUCCUGGAAGUCUGCAACAGAGCAAUGCUCAAAUGUAUUCAUUGCAGUUCCAUGAUCCAGUCCCUCCUUCCCUAGGGCCAAGCACUCAAAAGUCUGAUCUGCAAUGUGUAAACACACCAAAGAGAGAACUACCUGCCAGUCCAGGCCACCCCAAAGCUCCAUUUACAAGAGAUAAACCUUCACGCUACCUUGAAGCUCAUUUCACAAGAGAUGAGCAAAGAGCAAAAGCUCUGCAUAUCCCUUUCUCUGUAGAAAAAAUCAUCAACCUUCCUGUGGAUGACUUCAAUGAAAUGAUGUCUAAGGAGCAGUUCAACGAGGCCCAGCUUGCACUUAUCCGAGAUAUACGCAGGAGAGGCAAGAAUAAAGUGGCUGCUCAAAACUGUCGUAAAAGAAAACUGGAAAACAUCGUGGAACUGGAGCAAGACUUGGGUCAUUUAAAGGAUGAAAAAGAGAAAUUGCUCAAAGAAAAAGGAGAGAAUGACAAAAGCAUCCGUCUAAUGAAAAAGCAGCUUACCAACUUGUAUCUUGAGGUCUUCAGCAUGCUACAUGAUGAAAAUGGAAAGCCUUACUCUCCCAGUGAAUACUCACUGCAGCAAACAAAAGAUGGCAGCAUCUUCCUUGUUCCUAAAAGCAAGAAGCCAGAGACUAAAUUUUGACAGGCAAGGAAGCUAACUGGCUUUGACAGAGCUAGUAUUUUUAUUCUAAUAGCUUUUACUGUGAUGUGAAAUGCAGAAUUGUCAUUUUAAAGUGAUUCUAUGCAAAUAUAUAUCUAAACUUAAUAACUAGUAUAUUAAAUACACAAGUUAAAAAACUAUUAGUGCAAUGCAUAUGUAUGCAAAAUGUGUAAUCUCAUUUUUCUAACAGUCAAUAUUUCCUUCUUUAUAGCUCCACUUUGGCUAGUUUCUGUAUGAGUGUAAAUAUUUAAAGACAUCUUAUUUAUAUACUAUUUUAUCUCAUCUGUUAUAUUCAUAGAUUUAUAUGAAAUAAAUAUAUAUAUAUAUAUAUAUGAUAUUAGCUGGCUAAAUACAGUUGGUCUUGCAACAAAUUGUAUUCAGACAAUUUUUUAGAAAUAUAAAUUGAAUAAUGUUCACCACUUUUCUUAUAUAUUUUUAUUUGCUUUACAUUUAAAAUAAAAACUUUAAUUUAGUAUACAAGUUGAUAAUAAAGUAUAUUAUUUUGA